GCUUGUAUUGGUAUUGGUUCGUUAUUGCUUCUUCUAAAAACUACGGUCGAGGGGUCAUCGUUUCGUAGCUGCAAUCGAGCAAUUCGAUUAAUUUAUCAGUGUUUUGAGGUGCUACCUCAACGACCUGAUUGUGAAAGCGUUCUGCCUGCCAAACCACCAGGCAACUCUUCUUGUUUGUGUGUCAAUUUCACGCAAGAAAGAUGGCAGAUUUCAUAGAUUCGGAGGCUGAGGAGAGUGAGGAGGAGCAGGAAUUGACUGAAAAGGAUCGCAAGAAGCUCAAGAAGGUGAAGGCUAUUGAGAGCGACGACGAAGAUGACGACGAUGAAGAUGAGGAGCGUAUGCGAGAAGAACUGAAAGACCUCAUCGACGACAAUCCAAUCGAGGAAGAUGAUUCGGACGGCUCUGACGAUGAUGGUCCCAAUCGCAAGCGCAAAAAAUCUGACGACGAGGAUGAGUUGGAAGAAGGGCUUGAUGAAGACGAUUACGACCUUCUCGAGGACAAUUUGGGCAUCAAACUCGACAGAAAGAAACACUUCAAGCGAUUGCGUCGCAUUGAUGAUGAAGAGUCUGAUGAUGAAGGUGAGGGAGGCGGCGAUGCUCGAGAGGCCAUCGCCACUGAGCUCUUUGAAGGCGGCUCUGACCAUGAUGAGGAAGGAGACCACACUCAAAGGUCAGAAGAUGUGAACAUGGAGGAGGACGAUGAAGACGAAGGAGAGUACUCUGAUGAUCCUGAUGACUUCAUCGUCGACGAUGACGGCAAUCCUAUCGCCACGAAGAGAAAAAAGAGGAAACCAAUAUUCACUGAUGCUGCUCUUCAAGAGGCUCAAGAUAUUUUUGGUGUGGACUUUGACUAUGAGGAGAUUGGAAAAUACGACGAGUAUGAAGAUGAGAGCGACGAGGAGGAGGACGAUGAGUACAUCGACGAGGAAGGAACGGAAGGAGAAAAGAGGCGAAAGGAAAAGCGAAGCCGCACCAAGAAGGCGUCACGCAAAUCCAUCUUUGAAAUUUACGAGCCUGAGGAGCUUCGCAGGGGUCAUUUCACUGACCUUGAUAAUCAAAUCAGGAACACUGAUAUUCCCGAGCGGAUUCAGCUCCGUCAAGUUCCUCUCGUCAAAGUGGCCAAAGACAGCCCAGAGUUGGAGGAGGAGGCCAAGUGGAUUUUCGCCAACGCGUUUAGCAAAGGCACCAUCUCGCAGCAAGAAGGAGAAGGGCGCGGUGCCAGCAAGAAAGACCCCGUGACCACUAUUCCGAAAAUCAAGAAGUGUCUCGAGUUCAUCCGGUGCGACCUCUUUGAGGUGCCAUUCAUUGCAUUCUACCGCAAGGAGUACACUCAGCCAGAACUAAACAUCAACGAUUUGUGGAAAAUCUACAAGCAUGACGAGAAGUGGUGCCAGCUUAAGAGUAGGAAAGAGGGCUUGGCCAGGCUCUUUGAGAAAAUGCAAAACUACCAAGCAGACAAACUGAUGGAGAACAUCAACCAGCCUCUUCCUGAGGACGUUCGCGUUAUGCACAAUGAAGACAUUACUCGAGUGAACAACGUUAGCAGCAUGGAAGAACUGAGAGAUGUGUACCAGCAUUUCAUUCUGUACUAUGGCAAUGAGAUUCCAGCCAUGCAGGAGGCAACCAAGAAAAAAGAAAAGGCCCGAGCCAAGGAAGAGCGCGAACGCAAACGACAGGAACGACUUGCCAGGCGUGCUGAUCCCGAGAAUGCAGAUGAGGAGGAUAUGGAUGCAGAUUUUGUGGAUGUUGAAGAGGAACCUGAGGAGGACCAGGAGACAGAGAAUGUGAAGCAGGCGUCUCGAAACAGCACCUACUCCCUCUGCUGCAGAGCAAAUCUGCAAGGCCUGGCUGCCAGGUUUGGUCUCACGCCCACCGAGUUUGCUGAAAAUCUGAGGGACAACUACCAGCGCAACGAAAUCGAGGGUGACGAGGACCAGGAACCUACUGUGGCUGCCGAGCAGUUCAUUAAUGGCAAUUUCAAAAGCGCUGAUGAAGUCCUCAGGGCUGUCACCUUCAUGUUGGCGGUCCAGUUGUCAAGGGAACCCUUAGUCAGGUCAACCAUUCGCCAGGCCUAUCAAGAAAGGGCCAAGCUGACAGUGCGGCCGACAAAGAAGGGCAUGAAGGAAAUUGACGAGAACCACCCGUGCUACAGCGUGAAAUACUUAAAAGACAAACCAGUGACUGACCUGAAAGGGGAUAUGUUCCUCCAACUUUGCAUGGCUGAGCAAGAGAAACUGCUCACUCUGACUCUGAGCGAGGAUAUCGAUGGCAUGACAACAAUCUCAUACCUGACCGAGAUGAAAAACUUGUACACCAAGGAUGGAUUCAGCAAGAACGUGCAAGAGUGGAACACUCUGAGGACAGACUGCGUUGAGUUAGCAUACAAGAAAUUCAUCUUGCCUCAGAUGCGAACUGAACUGAAAGAAAAACUACUUAGGGAGGCCAAAGACUGCGUCUUGAAGGCGUGCUGCCGCAAACUGUACAACUGGUUGAAGGUUGCUCCAUACACCGUCGAAUUUCCUGAUGAGGAUGAAGAUGACUGGGACACUACCAACGGCAUCCGCAUCCUCAGUAUUGCCUACGUCACCGACAUGGAUCAGGCUGCAUUCGCCAGCGUGAUUGGUCCGCAAGGCGAAUGCGUUGAGUUCCUUAAACUGCCAGGCUUACUGAAGCGCAAGAACAGCAGGAGGGAUGAGGACAGGUUGGACAAGGAGGCCGACAUUGAGGCUCUGAGGAGAUUGAUGAUCUCGAGGAAGCCCCACUUAGUCGUCAUUGGCGGCGAAUCUCGUGACGCCACCAUGGUGCAGGCCGACCUCCAGGAGAUUGUCAACGGGCUGACUGAAGACGAACAGUUCCCAAGCAUUAAGGUCGAUAUUGUGGACAAUGAACUGGGCAAGGUCUACGCCAACUCAAAGAGAGCCACUAGCGAGUUCCGUGACUAUCCCGCCCUGCUGCGCCAGGCAAUUUCUCUUGGCAGGCGCAUGCAAGACCCACUAAUUGAAUUUGGCCAGCUGUGCACUCCAGAUGAAGAAAUCCUUUGUCUGAGAUUCCAUUCUCUGCAGGACAAUAUUGACAAGGAAGAGCUGUUGGAGUAUCUCUACCUGGAGUUUGUUAAUAGAACAAACGAGGUCGGCGUUGACCUGAACCGUGCCAUGAAUGAAUUGAGCGUUGCCAAUCUCCUUCAAUUUGUGUGCGGCUUGGGCCCACGCAAAGCUGCUGCGAUCAUGAAGACGCUCAAACAAACCAACCAUAAAAUGGAAAAUCGUAGCCAGCUUGUCACCGUGUGCCACAUGGCGCCGAUAAUUUUCAUCAACUGCGCUGGAUUUUUGAAGAUCGACACUAACUCUCUUGGUGAUAGUACUGAGGUGUACGUUGAAGUUCUCGACGGAUCUCGAGUCCAUCCUGAAACGUACGAGUGGGCGAGAAAAAUGGCUGUUGAUGCGCUGGAGUACGAUGACGAGGAGCUUAACCCUGCCGGCGCUCUUGAGGAGAUUCUAGAGUCUCCUGAGAAGCUGAAAGACCUUGAUUUGGAUGCUUUUGCGGAGGAGCUUGAGCGACAGGGUUUUGGAAACCGCAGCAUCACUCUGUACGAUAUCAGAGCUGAAUUGCAUCACAGAUAUAAGGAUCUGCGCUGCCCGUACCAAUCGCCAAACCCAGAAGAACUUUUUGACAUGCUCACCAAGGAGACUCCAGACUCAUUUUACAUUGGAAAGCUGAUCACCGCAUUCGUCACCGGUAUCACGCACAGGAAACCCCAAGGCGAUCAAUUGGACAACGCAAAUCCUGUGAAGAACGACGACACUGGCCUGUGGCAGUGUCCUUUCUGUCUGAAAAACGACUUCUCUGAGUUGUCUGACGUGUGGAACCACUUUGACGCUGGCGGCUGCCCAGGCUCUGCAACUGGAGUGCGACUGCGUCUCGACAACGGCAUCUCUGGAUACAUUCCGAUUAAAAACUUGUCAGACAACCACGUAGCAAAUCCCGAAGAUCGAGUACGAAGAGGACAAGUGAUUCAUUGCCGAGUGACCAAAAUCGAGGUGGACCGCUUCUCUAUCGAGUGCACGUCAAAAACUUCAGACUUGAGCGACAAAAAUAACAUUUUACGGCCACAAAAGGAUCCGUACUACGACUCUGAGACAGAGCUCAAAGACAUUCAGGCUGAGCAGGACUCCAAGAAGCUCAGGGCCAAGCAGACAUUCGUCACGCGAGUCAUUGUGCACCCAUCCUUCUACAAUAUCUCGUUUGUUGAGGCGGACAAGAAGAUGGAAACCAUGGACCAGGGUGAUGCUAUCUUCCGGCCUUCAAGCAAGGGCGCUGAACACCUCACAUGCACCUGGAAAGUGACUGAUACCAUAUGCCAGCACAUAGAUGUACGUGAAAGCGGGAAAGAAAAUGCUUUCAGUCUGGGAAAAACGUUGUGGAUAGAACAUCAUGAAUUUGAGGACUUAGAUGAAAUUAUCGCCCGGCACAUUAAUCCGAUGGCGUCAUUCGCAAGAGACUUGCUCAACUUCAGGUACUACAGGGAUUUUGACGGCGGCAAGCGAGAGGUAGCUGAGAAGUACCUUGCAGAGGAGAGAGAGAAGAACAAAAACAAGAUCCACUAUUUUGUGUCUGCUUCAAAAGAGUUUGCCGGAAAAUUCAUGCUUUCUUACCAACCAAGAAUGCAUCCUCGCCACGAAUUUUUAACUGUGAUGCCUGAAGGAUUCCGAUACCGAAAGCAGGUGUUUGACAGUCUGAACAAUCUAUUCAAGUGGUUUAAGGAGCACUUCAGAGACCCAACUCCGGGAACGCCAAGCACACCGCGGGGCUCCAAUCGCACACCGUUCGCUAACCAAACCCCCACGUUGAAUGUCGGAGGCAUGGAUGCGAUCCACCGCGUGGCACAAAAUCUGCCGCAACACAUAGUCCACUCUCUUAGUCAAGUCGCCACGCAUACGCCAGGAUACCCUCACACUCCUGGCGCGGCGGCUGCUUUCCCUGGAUAUGGUGCCUUUGCCAACACGCCCUACACGCCAUCAGGCCAGACUCCGUACAUGACGCCGUACCAGACGCCACGGUACCAGCAAGCCCACCCGACUGCGUCGCCGCAGCAGCACCACCGGCCGUCAUCCCGCUCCCGCACCGACAUGCCGCCUCCCAGUUCAAUCCCUAUGGGAACUCCUCGUGGCACGCCGACCAGUCAUCACGGCACCCCGACUUACCGCUCAACUCCUACGUACGGCAGUGGCCGCCCUCAGUCCUCAGCUGCCAGUGUGGAGCCUUCCGACUGGAAGCGCGCUGCUGAGGAAUGGGCCAAGGCCAAGCGAAAUCCGAACGCUGGUGAUUCUGGCAGCUGGGGCACACCUCGCUCUGAGGGAAGAAGUACACCAAGAGACAGAGGCACUCCCCGAGAUGGUCGCUCCAACAGUCGACUAGGCACCCCGCAUGGCACGCCUCGCUCCGUCGCGAGUCACACUUCGACGCCCAGGACGAUAAAUAGCCCACACUCGAUGGUGGAGAGCGCGAGUGGCGGCGACGCGACGCCGCUCUACGAUGAAAACUAGAUGGCGAGACGCCAACUCCCUUAAUCACGGGAUUAGUAGCUUGUAAUAAAGAUUCAGAGAUUUUAUGCUGACCGAUUAACUGUGUUUUCUAUGGUUGAGUUGUAAUGAACAUUAUAUUAAGUACUACUGAAAUUAUAAUGUUCCCUUCAAGUCUCAUUUUCUAGAGUGAGCUUUAUCGCAAAAGUAGCUCGUAAGUUGGGAACUCAAACGAAUAUGUAUUAUUAUUAUAUUAAAAAUCAACGCAAUAAUACAAAGUGCUGUUAAUUUUUUCCAUAUUUGAUUAUGCCAAAAAUAUCGUCAGUUAAGAUGAAACCUUUCAAUAAACAAGCGUUGUUUUUAAAAUUUAAAAA